AUGGUUAGGGAAUCUGGUUUCUCCUCCGGCGGUGUGAACUUGCGAAGUAACGCGUCGACAUCAGCAGCAACUACUACAUCCACCAGCAACAAACACGGACCGACGUACACGGGCGAGAACAAGAGAACUAAGAUGGCGUCCAAAUCCAACAAGAAACUUAUCCGUCUGGCUACAGUCCUCGCCUACGUACUGGCCGUCUCUCUGGCCGCCAUUGUCCUCGCCAUUUACUACAUUUUCGUCUGGGAUCCUAACACUAAACAUCCGCAGCUUCAUCAACAGCAUCACCAACAGCAGCAGAAAACUAAUGAAAAUGGCGGGAUUUCUUUACUGAAUGAGAAAGCUAACAUUGGUAGCAUCAUCGAUCAUAGUAAUCGAGGCAACAAACUUCAUGGAAAUGGUCAUCAUGACAAUGAGAGUUUUUUAAAUCUGCACCUAGAGUUGACCAAUGAAACAGAUGUAGUUGACCACUUCACUGCUAACGACAACAACAAUGAGCAAAUGAACCAGGCAAAUAACUCCACAUGGUACGAUCACCGCAAUUUGACUGUCAACAUCGACAAAGGAGAAAUCAAAAAUUAA